AUGACGUUGUUGGCUACGCAGAGCAAGACCAGGCCUCCCAGAAACUUGAUGGCCAAGUCCCCGACCUCCUGGCAGGAGCUGUGCUUGGAAGACAUGGCAGGAGUUCCCGGCCACCAACGCCUCCUCUUCUACCGCAGAGACCCUCUGCAGGGAGUCUCCUGGAAGCGCCCCGGGGAGCUGUGUGCGGACCCCCGGCUCUUUGUGGACGGCAUCAGCCCCAGGGACCUGCACCAGGGCAGCCUCGGGAACUGCUGGUUCGUGGCGGCCGCCUCCUGCCUGGCCAGCGAGCCCAGCAUCUGGAAGAAGGUCAUCCCCAACCCCCGGGAGCAGGAUUGGGACCCUGGCCGGCCCCACGCCUACGGCGGCAUCUUCCGCUUCCGGUUCUGGCGCUGGGGCAGCUGGACGGAGGUUGUGGUGGACGACCGGCUGCCCUGCCGCCAGGGACAGCUCCUCUUCUGCCGCUCGGCCGAGCCCCGCGAGUUCUGGAGCGCCCUCCUGGAGAAGGCCUAUGCCAAGUGGGUGGGGCAAAAUGGUGGGGGAAUUGGGUGGGGGGACUCUUCUCAAGGGCGUAAGGAGAGACCUGCUACUGGAUCAGGCCACCUGGUUCAGCUUCCUGGCCUCAAAAUAGCGGAAGGACCCCAAGAACCUAGGGAGCGAGAUAUAUUGGCAAAACCUAUUGGUGUUUUGCAACUUUCCGACUCGCUGCAGGACAUCAGCCAGACCCAGCAGAGUCAACGCAGAAUCCACGGAAGCAAUUGGCGACUUGGCUGCAGACAGGAUAGACGAAGCAGGAACCAGGAACUUGUAGUUAGGUGGACUAUUUACAGGAACAGAACACGGAUCUUUUGCUAGCUCUCUCUGACACGACUCACCACUCCUACACUCACUGACAUACUGAACCACUGAACACUGAACUAACACAUUCCAGUUAAGGUAAAGGUAAAGGGACCC